CCGGUGCCGCCGCUCUCCGCUCCCGGCGCCCCAGCUGCCACUCAGCACGCGAAACGCGAAAACAAGCCCGCCCCGCUCGCGCACUCUCUUGAUCCGCUCGGGACGCCGUACGCUCGGCCGCUACCAUCCUGCCACCCUCCGCAGGAACAGGGGUGGGCCGCAGUGCCGCCCCGGCCCGCCUUCCUCCGCCUGGCCGCAGUGGUAGCGCCCCGGCAGCCGUGUCCGCUACAGCGCAAAAAUGAUCAUCCCAGUCAGAUGUUUCACUUGCGGCAAAAUAGUUGGAAACAAGUGGGAAGCCUAUCUUGGCCUUCUGCAAGCGGAAUAUACAGAAGGAGAUGCCCUUGAUGCCCUUGGUUUGAAGAGAUACUGCUGCCGCAGAAUGCUUCUAGCCCACGUGGAUCUGAUUGAGAAGCUUCUGAAUUAUGCACCCCUGGAGAAAUGAGAUUUAAAAAGUACCAUGCUGCAAGCCAUGUGGAACAUAUCUCUAAUUCUAAACUUGAAACUGGACUUCAGGCAGUGAAGGAUGAAAGCCACCUGUAGUGCAACUACUGAGAGAUGUUUACCUUCUGGAGAAAACACUGUGCCAAGCCACUAGCCUCUUCCAAGAAAACGAAGAUCAAGUCCACUUAACCAAAAUUUGGAGAUUAAAUUAAAAGUUUGGAUGCUUCUGUUUAAAUCUGUGCUUGGCGUUCUUUUGUGAACUUUUAGAUGCUUCUGCCAGCAAAAAUAAAUGUUUGUUCAUGUAGAAAAAUAUUAUUUCAUAAUAAUGUUGAAAUAAAGGAGGUCUUUCCUACA